GAAGCGCACUCUUGUAUGCCACACCGGAGCUAGGUACAGGAUCAGCACGCGAGCGAGUGUGCUCGUGAGAGGAGAGAGUAGGGGAGUAGUGGUAGGAGGUGAGGGAGACAGUAUCAGCGCAUGAUGGCACGAAUGCGAUUUUGUGUGUGGUUACUCGCAGCUGUAACGGCGGGCAUUUUUGAAGAGGAGGAACACGGUUUUGUGGAGGGCCCUCAAGAUAUUAUGCCCACGAGACCGGCAAAGGCAGCUCCCGCAGAUGAUGGUCAGGCAACAUCAACAAUGGCUGGAGAUGGUGCUAUCAACAAAGAAGGACCUGGUGCAAAACAAACUCCACCUGGUGCAAAACAAACUCCGCCGGGCUCAAAGAAACAAACCCCACCUGGUGCAAAACAAACCCGCUCGGGCGCUGAUAACAAAGGUGAACAAGCUUCAAAGAAACCAGAAAAGGUUAGUCAACCGCUGAAGUCGGGACUUUCAACUACCCAGAAGCUGAGGAAGACUUCGCCGCCCGCAGCCUUGGAGGUGGCUAGGCCAGAUGCAGCCUCAGAGUCGUCCGGAACGCAGAAUUCCCAGCUGCCUUUUACAGUUCAGGGUGCUGUGUUGCAGGCGUGGGUAUUACCAACCCCUGUUGUAGCCAGCACAAUCUCUGCUGACGGCGCUUUCCUUGCGGUGGGACUGGAAGACGGGAACGUGAUGGUGCUGAACACACACUUAGGGAGAUUGACUUUCAUGGCACACAGGAUGCAUGCCCCACCUUCGGCCAUGGCCUUCGGCCAUGCUCCCAACCAAGAUCACCGGCUGGUAUGCACCACAAAGGCUGGAGAGUUCCAUGUUUUUGAUGUGAAGACCGGCAUACAAAGAAGCACACCAAAGCCUACUCCACCGAAGCAAUCGAUCGAUGUUCAUGACAUCAUGACUCUCCAUAAUACAUCUGUGGCAGUUCUGUUCAAGGAUAACUCCUACAUGGAGGUGGUGGAUACUGAGAGACUAGCAUCCAUCGGCACGAUUGAACCAGGUCCAAUCACUGGUUUUGCUGCUGUUCCUGGAUCAAAAGUACCACAGCUUUUCCAUUCCCCACACAGCUUGUCCAUCUUGGCGCUCGGGAAGAGCCUGUUGACCAAUCCACAGAAUUAUGUUCAGCUGGGCACAACUUCGGACAAAGUUGCUGAAGAGUUUUCAGAAGCAGCAGCAGCUCGUGCCAAACCAGAGGUACCUGCACUUGCACUUGGGCUCAAAAUCCGCGAAAAAGACAAGGUCUCCGCGAUCCCUGUAAUUCAGGAGUCUCGUUCAGACAAAGGAACAGGGAAAUCGGCAAGAUCUGACAACAGCACACAAGAGCAGAUCCUGCAGAAAGGGACAGGUGCACACCAAGACAAAGGCGACCUAAGUAGUGCUACUCAUGUGUUGUUUUUUGAUCUCUCAAGAUUCAAAAGCAAGGCUUCACAUCAGACAAAGACUUCCCUGACCACGCGGAUCGAGGACCAAUUUGAGACCCCACUGGACGAGCCACGAAAGACAGGUUUAUCUGCAAGGAACUCAAGAUCUGUGAGAGUGAAGGUCUCGAGAUCAAAACCAAGGCCAGGGUCAAGACAAGGUCUCACAAACACAAAAGGAAUCCUGACCACAAGUUCGGUUGCUGAAGACAAGUCAAAAGCACGUGAUGUUUCCGAUCUGGGAUGGGUAAAGCAACAAGUUCCUGCAGACAAGUACACAGGACAGCCGAAGCAAAGGACGGCGACGGAAAUGUCUGGCCCGAGCCCUCCUCCCCAUAGCACAUUAGUGUCGAGCAAGAGGUUGCAUGAGCACGUGGAUGGGACCGCAAAGGCGGGCAAGCAAGCAGUUCCAUCGCAGUCCCAUGAUGGCAGCGGCGUCCUUCAACUUCAGCUACCCAGCUCCAGAAAGCAGGUGGCGCAGCUCGCAUUGGGAAGAAAUGUGACAGUCAAUAUCCCCAAGAUAACACCUCUGAAGAUUCCCCCUAAGCUGCUGGCACCCCAGCCAAUGACCAUCGAUCCUAACCGUCAAAGCUCAAAGAUCGCUCAUCAUGUCCGAAUCACAGCCACCAUUGAUCAGAACCAUGAUGACAAAUCACCAAAGAGCCAAGACAAUCCCGAGAGCCCCCGAAGCGCAAGGUCGACUGAACGGGCUCGAAGCUGCGCUUCGCCUGCCAGCAGUUCUUGCAGUACUCAAAGGACUCCUCACAAGAGAACCGAGAGCUCACGCACAAUCCAGAAGGAUGGCUCAUCGGAAGAUCCUCAGGAAUACAAACACCCAUUACACCAGAUCAUGCAGAAGGUAUCUGGAAGGGGUGGAGGGAGAAGAGCAAGAGAGCAAAGAGUCGUCGCAAGACGUCAACAGAUUUUGGACCACCUGACAAGCAUGGCCAACCGUCUCCUUGCAGAGACUACUACGAAGCAGAAGAGUCGGCUAUCGAUACUCGCCACCCCCAAAAAGAGUAUGCUUGAGAUGCUUGCCAGCGCUAUGCUGCAGCGUGACCUAAAUAAUUAGGAUGGACCGUACACAGACACACCAUUAUGUGUGUGUGCAUGUGUUGUGAACUGUCAUCGCAGCAACCCCUUUUCCAC